AUGUGGAAUCUCUUUAGAAAUUCGGCCUCCGCAGAUUCUGCCAAGCAGCCACCGUCUCGUGGUCUUCCUGCAUCAUGGUACCGGUCUCCAAGCAUGUUUGAAUUGGAGAGGCGGGCCAUCUUCUCCCGCAAGUGGAUCCUUCUCACCCACUCAAUUCGCCUUAGUCAGCCCGGGGACUACAUUUCCUUCACCUAUGCCGGAUUCCCAUUCUUCCUGAUUCGAGAUCGUGACGGGUCUAUCAACGGAUUCCACAACGUGUGCCGGCAUCGUGCGUAUCCUGUUGUCCAGUCUACCUCAGGGUGUGCCAAGAUUCUUAGCUGCAAAUACCAUGGGUGGUCUUACGGACUGAAGGGCAACCUGGCAAAAGCACCAAGAUUUGACACCGUCCAGGGCUUUGACAGAAGUCAGCAUGGCCUCUUGCCAAUCCACGUACACACCGAUAAAGUUGGCUUUGUUUGGGUUAAUUUACAAGCAGGAGAUCCUGAUAUCAAAUGGGAGGAUGAUUUCAGAGGAGCAGACGAAAAAGCGAUCCUGAGAGAGUUUGACUUUGAAAAGGAGUUCAAAUUCGAUCAUGUAUGGGACAUGGAACUAGAAUCCAACUGGAAAGGGCUGAUUGAUAACUACAAUGAAUGUUAUCAUUGCGCCACGUCACACCCGCUCAUCGCCGGGGUCUCAGACCUUACCAAGUAUCGUGUGGACCCGAGCGGGGAGCGUCUUGAACACACUAUAAUCAACAAAAACAUGGAGGACGAUUCAUUCAGGCGUUCGAUUACGUUUUUUGCACCUUGUACAUCGGUGACAGUCACGGAGCACUUCUUCUACAUUCAACGAAUGAUACCGGUAUCAGCAACAACGAGCAGAAUCGAAAAUGAGAUUUAUCGUCACAGAAAUUCGUCGGAUCAGCAGUUCAAAGCCUUGUGCGACUUCUACGCCCAAGUCUUGGAGGAAGACAAGCAACUAUGCGUCGAAGCACAAAAGAACAUAAACGCGGGUGUGUUCAUCAACGGAGAGCUGCAUCCCGAAAAAGAAAAGGUGUGA